AAUACAUAUGAUUGUUUGUAAAAAAAAUCAAUAUAUAUGUUUAUAGAGACUUCCAAUGUGAGUGUCCUCUCUCUUUUUUAUUUUAAAUUAAAAAAAAUCCAACAAAGCAAUAAAAAAUAAAAAUCCCUGUUUUAGUAGGAGUAUUGUUUUUAUUUUAUUUUUAAGAUUAUCACCAUUUGCUUAAAAAAAAAUUACCUAUUCCACCGUUUCUUGCCAUUCUUUCAUCAUCUCUAAAAAAACACAAACUCUCUCUCUACUUCCUUCUACAAAUCCCAGCGGCAGGACUCACUUUGUCUCUCUAGAGUUUCAGUUGGCAGUGAAAUAAGCACAAUCUUCCUCCUCUCCUUCUAAUCGUAGCUGUUUUUUCCAACUUCUGCCUCCGAUACUCCGUUCUCGAGUGCUAACAACCUCCAAUCAUCCAUUGAGCAUUGGAUCUAUGAUCCUCAUCACGAAAAAUCGUCGAUUAAGUUGGAUUAUUUUGAGCUCUGACCACGUACCCAUCAACCACCGCGCCGGAAUUGGUCGCUCGAUGGCGCCUCCGUGGGUCUUCAUUGUUGCUAGUGUUGUAUCCUCCAGUCUGUUGUUGCUGGUUGUUGAAUCCUAUAGGGUGGACAGAAAGAAGAUGGAAGAAAUUGGAUGGAUAAAGCUUUUGGUUUUUAUCAUCCAAUAUACCUGCAUAUGCAUACUCAGUUUUAGAGCAUGAAGAACCUAUAUAUUAAUAAGCAUUUGAAAUGUAUAAACAUAAGAAAUGCAUAAAAAUGGAGAAGGAUAAACACUUGCAGAUUCACUUAUCAAGUAGAGUAUGAAGAACUUUGAAAAUGGCAAAUGAAUGAGCAAUGCACAACGUGAGAAAUGAGGGAUGAGCAACAUCUAUUUAUAGCAUUUUACUUACAAAUGGUCUUAAUGUGAUUUGACAAAAAAAGUCUUUGACAAUAUCAGAUUAGGUGGUUACUUGCAUCACAAUCAAUGAAGAAUCCCAUGUGAUGAUACUAAUGCAGCCAACAUCUAUUUCCCCGUUUGAAUAUAAUAUGAUUUCACCCCUUUAAUGAAAUCAUAUUAUAUUUUUAAAAAAAACAUAAUAAAUUGUCUUUUGACCUUUAAAAAAAAACAAUUAUAGAGAGGUAAACGGCCUUCACAUCAUACCUCCAAUAUAUUCAAAUGGGGAAAAAUCCAAAAUAAAAUGGCACAAAAGUCAAUCCACCAAAACUUGAGAAUCUACAGUGGACGAUUUUUUCACGUCUUGAUAAGAGUAUGGAUAUCAUAUCUCUAUAACUCUAUAAGGAUUCAUGAUUGUUAAUAUCUAAUUUCAAUGGUUUGGAAACUAAAUUGAUGGUUAUUUGUUAAAAAGAUGUACUGCGUGGAGGCAUUAUUCUAAAUCCAUUUAAUAGUAAAUGCUUUUUGCAUAGGUCUCACAUCUUAUGUUAGUUCACCAUUGUUCUAAAUUUGUGACCCCAUGACCCAUAAUAUGUUAUCUUGUUAUAAAACUCGUGGUUCUCAUUGAAAAAUAAUAUAUUAUAUUUCGCACAUACAGUUUCUAUCAAUUAUUGCUACUGCCAGCAUGUUGCUUUUGUCUAUCAAUUAUUGCUCCUUGAAUUAUUGCUAUUGCAUAUUCUGUUUUAUUGUUAUUAUUUGUCAUAAAUAAAAUAAAAUAAAUACACAAGUUCUUGAAUAUCACUUUUCCUUUAAAAAAAUCAGACACUUUGUAAACUAUAUCAUAUCUCUUUAACUUUUGCAACGACACCCUCACAAAUUGUACUGUGUGAAUUCAAUCUAUCAAAAGCCAUUGCUCCUUAUCCACUUGAGAGAAAAAAAUGGCUGAAGGACUUCUGUUUAACAUGAUUGAUAAGCUGAUCGGGAAGCUGGGUUCUAUGGUUGUUGAAGGCUGGAACAUGAGAGAUGAUCUUCAAAAGCUGGUGGAGAAUAUGUCUGAGAUCAAGGCUGUGGUUUUGGAUGCAGAGGAGCAGCAAGGAACCAACAACCAUCAAGUUCAACUGUGGUUGGAAAAGCUGAAAGAUGCUCUUGAUGAUGCCGAUAACUUGCUUGAUGACUUCAACACCGAAGACUUGAGGCGACAAGUGAUGACCUGUAACAAGAAGGCUAAAAAGUUUCACAUCUUCUUCUCAUCAUCCAACCAGCUUCUCUUUUCUUACAAAAUGGUUCAGAUAAUUAAGGAACUUAGUAAGAGAAUUGAGGCCCUUAAUGUUGGUAAAAGAAGUUUUAACUUUACAAAUCGCACUCCUGAGCAACGAGUUUUGAAACAACGAGAAACUCACUCCUUUAUUCGUGCAGAAGAAGUUAUUGGAAGAGAGGAGGAGAAGAAAGAGUUGAUAGAGUUGUUGUUUAACACUAGCAACAAUGUGACAGAGAAUGUUUCAGUUAUUUCUAUAAUUGGAAUUGGAGGACUUGGAAAGACUGCACUUGCUCAAUUUGUAUACAAUGACAAGAAAGUGCAAGAACAUUUUGAGUUUAAAAAAUGGGUUUGUGUUUCUGAUGAUUUUGAUGUAAAAGGUAUUGCUGCAAAGAUCACAGAAUCUCAAACUAAUGUUGAGAUGGAUAAAGUUCAAUUGGAACUCCGUGAAAAAGUUGAAGGAAGAAGAUAUUUGCUUGUCUUGGAUGACAAUUGGAAUGAGGAUCGUAAUCUUUGGCUUGAAUUGAUGACACUGCUGAAAGAUGGCGCAGAAGGAAGUAAAAUAAUUAUCACCGCAAGAAGUGAGAUGGUUGCCAAGGCAAGUGGUUCUUCUUUCACCUUGUUUUUACAGGGUCUCGGUGAAAAACAAUCUUGGACAUUAUUUAGUCAAUUAGCUUUUGAGAAUGAGAGAGAACUAGAGAAUGAGGAAUUGGUGUCAAUUGGCAAGGAAAUUGUGAAGAAAUGUUCAGGGGUUCCUCUCGCCAUCAGAAGCAUUGGAAGCUUAAUGUAUUCCAUGCAGAAGGAGGAUUGGUCAACAUUCAAGAACAAAGAUCUUAUGCAAAUUGAUGAACAAGGUGAUAAAAUUUUACAGCUUAUCAAACUAAGUUAUGAUCAUCUACCAUUUCAUUUGAAAAAGUGCUUUGCUUUUUGUUCAUUGUUUCCAAAAGACUAUUUCAUUCAUAAAACAACAUUGAUUCGACUUUGGAUUGCACAAGGGUUUGUUCAGUCAUCAUCAGAUGAAAGUACAAGUUUAGAAGAUAUUGGUGAUAAGUACUUCAUGGAUUUAGUUCAUAAAUCUUUCUUUCAAAAUAUCACCAAACAUGUUUUCUAUGGUGAGAAUGAAAUGUUCCAAAUGCAUGAUAUUGUGCAUGAUCUGGCAACUUUUGUUUCAAGAGAUGACUAUCUUUUAGUUAAUAAAAAGGGGCAGCAUAUUGACAAACAACCUCGUCAUGUCUCUUUUGGCUUUCAAUUGGAUUCUUCCUGGCAAGUUCCAACUUCUCUUCUCAAUGCUUACAAAUUAAGGACAUUUCUAUUACCAAUGAAUAAUUAUCAUGAAGGUUCAAUAGAAUUGUCUGCUUGUAAUUCCAUCCUGGCAAGUUCUAGACGAUUUCGUGUGCUGAAUCUUAGCUUAAUGUAUUCAACGAAUAUUCCAUCUUGUAUUGGUAGAAUGAAACAGCUAAGGUAUCUUGAUCUUUCUUGUUGUUUUAAGGUUGAAGAGCUCCCAAGGUCUAUAACUGAAUUAGUUAACUUGGAGACUCUUUUACUCAAUAGGUGUUCUAAAUUGAGAGAGUUGCCCAAAGAUCUUUGGAAGUUGGUAAUUCUUAGACAUCUUGAGUUGGAUGAUUGUGAUAACUUAACUUCUAUGCCACUUGGAAUAGGAAAGAUGACUAAUCUUCAAACACUGACACACUUUGUGUUAGAUACAACUUCUAAAGACAGUGCUAAAACUAGUGAGCUAGGAGGAUUACAUAAUUUGAGGGGACGACUCGAGAUAAAAGGCUUGGAACAUCUGAGGCCUUGUCCAACAGAAGCUAAGCAUAUGAAUUUAAUAGGGAAGUCACAUCUUGAUUGGUUAUCAUUGAAAUGGAAUGAACAGACUGUUGGUGAUGGCAAUGAGUUUGAAAAAGAUGAUAUAAUUCUACAUGACAUUCUGCACUCCAAUAUCAAGGACUUGGAAAUAAGUGGAUUCGGUGGUGUGAAAUUGUCUAAUUCAGCCAAUUUAUAUACAAAUUUGGUUGAAUUGAAGUUAUCCGAUUGCACAAGAUUACAAUAUUUUAAACUCUCAAUGUUGCAUGUCAAACGCCUUAACAUGUAUAAUUUGCCUUGUCUGGAGUACAUAGUGAAUGAUAACAAUAGUGAUAACUCAUCAUCAUUUUGUGCGUCACUCACAUAUAUAGUUCUCUUUCAGUUAACUAAUCUUAAAGGAUGGUGUAAGUGUAGCGAAGAAGAAAUCUCAAGGGGUUGUUGUCAUCAGUUUCAGAGUCUUGAAACCUUAAUGAUUAAUGAUUGUUAUAAGCUAGUUUCAAUUCCACAACACACAUAUAUCAGGGAAGUAGAUCUUUGUAGAGUAUCUUCAGAUAUAUUACAGCAAGUAGUCAAUCAUUCCAAACUAGAGGAUCUACAGAUAGAAUCCAUACUCAAUUUGAAAUCUCUCAGUGGAGUCUUUCAACAUCUAAGUACACUGUCUGAAUUGUGUAUCGUCAAUUGCGAGGAGUUUGAUCCGUGCAAUGAUGAAGAUGGUUGUUACAGCAUGAAAUGGAAAGAAUUCACGAACCUCAAAGUAUUGGUAUUCAAUACAAUCCCAAAAAUGAAAUAUUUACCAGAGGGGCUUCAACACAUUACCACUUUACAGACUCUAAGCAUUAUACGUUGUGUGAAUCUUACAUCUAUACCUGAAUGGGUAACAUCACUGCAAGUAUUUUACAUCAAAGAUUGCCCGAAUGUGGAAAAUCAAUAAGGCUGCUGAGUUGUCCUUUUUUCAAUGAUGAUAGAAGGAUUAUAACUACUCAAGUCAAAGCCCCUACGCAAGCAUAAUCAGUAUUGAUAUUUUGCUGAUUCCAAGUCUCAUUUCAAGCGUGUUUCUCAGAAUCAGAACGUGUCUUUACAUUUUAGUGUCUUUAGUUUGUUAAAAUAGUUUGGGAUUUUAAAAUGAUUGUUUUAUUUUCGACAGAAAAAAAUGAUUGUUUGUGAUAUUGUAUUGUUCAACUCACUUUUUUUGUGUUUAAUUUACUUAAAGGAUUCAUAAUUGUUUCGGUGAAAGGGUGAAUCACAAUUUUUGUUUAUGAAAAGUUUAGGGAAAGAUUAUUGUUUAUUAAAAUGAUACCAAUGACCAUUUUGUGACUGAGAAGAUUUGAUCGCUCGAGGUUACAAGACGGAACUAUGUGUUGAGUUUUUGUGGAUUGAUUAUGAUUAAAAGUGAAUUUAAGAUAAA